AUGUCAUCUUUACGAAACGAGAUCACCCCUCUCCUGGCCCCUUCGGAGCGCAACAUCGGCAACAACAAUAACAACGGCAGCCCCGGCUCACCUCGAGGUCCAUAUCUCCCUCUUACCAGUUUUCGUGGUCAAUCUACCGUCCAAGCGACAGGACCCACCCCAGUCACCGUCAGACCUUAUCCCAAUUCUCUUAAUCAACCCAACCCCAAAACCGACGACGUCGAUCACGAUAGCAAAGUACAAGUAUACGACGUAUCGAUCCUCAACCCUGAGAAUUCCACUCCGGUCAUCUUCCAUGACGAUGACCCUCUCACAAUGUUAUGGAAAGAUUUCUGGGUAUUGGUCAGAUGUAUCCCUACGGUCUUCUUCAUCUUGUGGCCGGCUCCCAAGCCAGGUAUUGAUGCGACCAUCAAAGGUCUGAUCCUUCAAGUCAUCUUAGUGGUCGUAUCGCUCAUCUUAACAGCCGUCUGCCUGGUAUCAUUCUUUGUCGGUAUCCCUUCACCCGUGGUCGCAAGUUUGGUCCUUGCAACAUGGCUCUAUGGAUAUAACUUCAUCUUAGGCGAAAGUAGGAUCACACAUCAGAAUAUCGUAGGGGAUUAUAAGGAUGAUAAGGAAGUUUGGUUAUUGGUCAACGGUAUCGGGACCUCUCGAUCCGGUCUAAAGCUCAUCCUCGACACCUUGUACACUCAGUUCGGCAGAAAGGUAAUCGGUGUACACAACCGAACUUUCGGUGUAUGGUUCGAUCUAGUCGAAUGUAUGUUGCAGAGGGAUUUGGUUUGGAAUACGACUGAUACCAGAGAAGGAUACAAUAUCAUCUCCAGACACGUCGCGGAUCCUGACAAAGAGAAGAUCGUCUUGAUGGCUCACUCUCAGGGUGGAAUCAUCAUGUCAUCAUGGGCAGAUCAACUCCUUUCUGAUUUCUCUCAUGAACAACUCAAGAAAGUGGAGAUUUACACCUUCGCCUCCGCUGCAAAUCACUUCUCUAUCCCGGAGACUGAUUCUGGACCUGCAUUUGGCUGCGUAGAGCAUUUCGUCAACGAAUGGGACUAUGUUUCUGAGAUUGGCUUGCUCUCUUUCGCCCCACCACCACCUCCCGGUCUUCCAGUCAAUUCACCCACCGUCCCCAGACUUAGUGGUCGAUUCGCAGGUAGAAUCUUCAAGAGACUGGCUACUACUGGUCAUCUCCUCAUCACCCAUUAUCUUCCUGAUAAUAACUCGAUUCUUCACGAUCCCGCCGUAUUGAGACACAGUAAAUUAGCCAGCUACCUUACCGACUACGAGGACCUCAAGAGAAAAGAAGAAGUAAGAAUUAGCCGAAUUCAAGCUGAAAAAGCGGCUCGAGAAGCCAGUCGUGCUGCUCAACAAGGUGCUCCCAUUGCUGGACCGUCGACCAGAUAG